GAAAAUCGGAAAUGUCUGGAAGUGCCGUCGUGCCUGCGGCCGUGGACCGCGGCAGGGUGGCGGAGAGGCUGCGGGCGGCGUUCGCCGGGCUGAAAGAGCUGCAGCAUUUGCGGGAGAAACAGGGCGACAUGGUGCAGCGCGCGCUUCGCAUGAGCACGCAGAGAGAGCACGCGGGCAGAGGUGUGUGUUUACACCAAAGUGACGAUGAUGCAAACAGAGCCGAGGAGCAGCAGAGACUGGAGGCAACGCUCACAGCCCUCAAACAGCAACUGACCCGUCUACGCAGGCAAGACGUUGGACUAAAAACACAUCUGCAGCAGCUGGACCAGCAGAUCAGUGAGCUUAAACUGGAUGCUUGUAAAGCUUCUGCUGAACACCUGGAGAGCGACAGCCGGCCCAGUUCAGGGUUCUUCGAGCUCAGUGAUGGUGGUUUGGGCUCUCUGUCGAACUCCUGCACAUCUGUCUACAGUGAAUGUCUCUCAACUUCGUCUCAAGCGAGCCUCCUUCCACUGUCCUCAGGCUUCUCGGCUGCCCACGGACAUAACGUCCAAUUACAGGCUGACGUGUGCCGUAGACGCUCUGCGGACGAGACUACGGCUCAGCCGGACAUUCCGCGUGGCCUGGGUGUACGUCUGGGCAGCAGCGCAAUACGCACAGGUUCCAUCAGCUCGGAGAGAGCCAGACAAAGGCCUGUCUCAACAGGUGAUCUUGAUAGAGUGAUCAGCCCUGGUUUCGGCUACUAUAAACCUGUUGAUGUUAAAACCUCAACCGUCCCCAGUAAGUCCUGUGACCCCACCGUGGAUCCCAAAUAUCAGAGCAACCUUGUAUCCCGCAAUGGUACUGAAGUGUACUGCUACCCAAGCCCCCUGCACGCUGUAGCCCUCCAGAGCCCUAUCUUCUCUCUCAGUGGAGAUAAGGGAGGGCCUGUGGCCACAGAUGCUCAGGAGAAACACACCAAAGUAGGACAUUCUAAGGAUACACUUCCCAAGCAAGAGCCAAGUGGCCCCAAACCUGAAGGUUAUAUAGUCAAACUGCUCCAACGUAGCUCAAGUAAGAUCAGCCUCCAGAGUGAGUCGGGUGUGGAAAAAGGCCCGAUUCCAAGUAAUGUUGCUCAGGAUCAUGGGCUUUUUGGGUUCAGAAUGAAGCAAGUGAAUGAUGACGGAGUGCAGGGAUCCCUCCAACGGACAAUAGAGUCCACCGAGAAUCCAGUGAAGGAUGGAAAGAAAUCACCACCAAGACCUGCUAACAAAGAGCAAACGAACCUGAAUAGCAUUAGGGCAGAAGAAUAUAGACAAAUGUGUCUUGUCCAGUAUUCAGCAAGUACAAGGAAUCAAAACCCAACUACAGUGACGGGUCAAGAGAAAGUGGAUGAAAAUGAGCCUAGGGAUCGGUUUGACCAGGGGAAUGGCUUUGAGGAUGCAUCAACAUUUGCAAAAGCUCCUGAGAGGAGACCUAGCUUUACCUUCCCCAAUGAGGAGAAUAAAAGCAGAGACGGAGGUUGCACUCGUACAGCUAAAUCGGAGUUCGUUUGCGCCCAGUUCGUGCCUGCAGGGUCUCAAAGGGUGAAGGUGCGUCAGGCAGACAAAAAGACGAAGGCUGUGAAACUUCGGAAGAGGGGUCAUGAGAAACCGACAGGUAAGAAGCACCAUCUGAAGCACUCAUCUCGAGAGCAUGAAAGGGAUAAAGGAUAUAGCACUAAAACACGUGGAGAUAGAAAUCCAAAGCAAUUCAGUGCAGAGAGGGAGUGGCUUGAUACUCCAGUUAUAGAGCCCAGACUUCGUUCUUGCUCAGAGUCCAGUCUUUUGGGGCCUGGAAAUCCCUAUGGCACUCAUCUUCAGUCAUAUCGGCAGCAGAAACAUGCCUCCAAAUCCAACAAACUCCCAAAGGCUCAGUUCCCGGACUUGGAGAACCUAUCCCGAAAGAAGCAGAGCUCUCAAAAAUGGCCCCAUGCUUCAGAGAUUCAGGUGCCACUUGCUCCCCCAACCCACUACCAGAGGUCCAGGGAGGUGCCUAUUCACAGAGUCUCACAAAAGCCAGGAAUGGUGCGAAGUGUGAGCAUGAGACCUCGCUCGGGUCACUGGGGUGGUCUUCCUCGUCCACUCCAGCCAUCUUUGUCCUCUUCUCCUUACUUAAGCAAUCUGAACUUGAGAUACCCCCCUGCUCCUCUGUCUGCCCACUACCCGCCCAGGUGCGAGUCGGAAUACUCGGCCGAGUGUGCGUCUCUCUUCCACUCCACCAUCGUGGAGAGCAGUGAGGGAGAGCUAAGUGACUUCACCACCAACCGCUUCGGAGACAGCGAGUCCAGCCAGGAGUCUCAAACCGGUUCUGACUCCGACAGCAGCCUGUCGCUGGACGAUGACGAUCUGUAUGAGGAAGAUGAUGACGAAGGAGGACUGGUGUGGGCUGAGGCUACCGUGGGCCCCACAGCCAAUGGGCUGUCCGUCCAACAGCACCUUCGUCCUGAACCGGCUUCAUGUCGCAUAAAAGCAUCCAGAGCACUGAAGAAGAAGAUCCGUCGCUUUCAACCAGCCUCACUUAAAGUCAUGACUCUGGUGUAGUCUUCGAGCUUCCUUCCACUGGUCAGAAGUUUACAGUAAUCUUACUUAGUUUUUAAAUGGUUCAAAUACUGUAUAAGUUCAUAUUGUCCAUGCAGGUUUUUGGGAAAGAGACCUAUAUGUAUCUUUAUGCAAGGCACUCCAUUUUUAAGACAAAUUCCCAUAAACCUCUUAUUUAGCGUUGAAAUGUUUGUCUGAGCGGAUGUAACUGCUUCCAAGAUUCUACCUUCACCAAAGACUACUCUUAUUGCCCAUCGAAGACAAAAAAGUGAAGCACCAAAACACAUUUUCUUUUUAAAAUUAUAUUUACACCCUGUAUAUUGUAAAUAUUCUGUUGAUGUUUGUUUUGCAUAUUCAAAAUCACCAAAAGUAGUAACCUAGUAAGAAGACACCUUGUAUUUUAUUUCUCAGA